UGCCGGACACUCGCGGUGUUGUGUAAACGUUUUUCUUUUGAAAAGAAGAGAAAAACACGAUUUUUCAAAAUAUAAAUAAAAGUUAUUAAUAAACAAUUAAUUUAAUAUGCUAACUGUGCUGCGUCGUUGUCAAAUUACCAAUGCAGCCAGAUUGCAUUUGCACACAUCAGCCACACGGGACACUGGUUACAUUGUGCUUGUACCUGAAAUUGGUGAAGAUGCACACGCUGGGGACGGUAUUAUAAAUCCAGAUGGCCUACCCGCAUUCAAUGACAUAACCAUUGAAAAUUGUAUGGGCGCCAUUGGCUAUCAAGCGGGCGCUGUGGAAAAGACUGUUAAGCGUAUUGAAGAUGCCAUUAAGGAACAAGAAGGUCGCGUCGAUACUUCACGCAUAUUUCGUGAACUGGACGAAGUGACGGGACCAUUAGACGCUACAUGGGGUGUGGCGAAAGCACUAUAUUUGGGUAACUCAACUUUGAUACCAACCAAAACAUACAUGAAUAUACAUGAGCGUGCCCGGAACGCACGUGCUUCAAAAUAUACCAACAAAACUCUUUUUAAUGCUAUCAGUAAACAGCAAAGCAAUAAUGAACAGGAAAGUCGACUAAUACAAAAAUAUCUAUUAGAAGGCAAACUAAAUGGGUUAAUGCUUGACGAAGAGAAACGCAAUACGUUAAAAGAUAUAUUAAACAAAUUGGGCAAAGAACGUGGUGAUUAUCGUUUCAAAGUUGAUAUGUCAAUAAAUGGCUUCCAACACAUGGUUAAAGAUUAUCAGCUGGUGCGUGAUUUUCCUCCAACAUUGCUAGAGUCAACAGCUAAAGAUCCAAAUCAACCUAUGCAAGGUCCAUGGAAAAUCACGCUGCAACCACAAAUUGUUGAGGGCUUUUUAAAAUAUUGUCCUGACCGUACACAACGUUGGAACGUGUGGCAGGCCAAUGUACGCAAGGCAACAGCACAAGUGGACAGAAAUCUAGAAAACAGUACACAUUUGGAAAAAAUACGUGGGUUACGUAAACAGCAAGCAAAUAUUUUGGGUUAUCCUACAUAUGUCGAUAUGUCAAUGGAGACGAAAAUGGUGCAUAGUGUAGAUAAUCUUAAGCAAAUCUUUGCUAAGCUUUUACAAUUUGCUGGUCCAGCACAAUCUGUUGAAAUACAGGAAUUACAAAAAUUCGCUACAGAACGUGGUUUCGAACAUCCUUUGGAUUUGUAUGAUAUUUCCUUUUGGCAGCGUAAAUACCUUAUCGCAAACUAUCAACUUAACGAGGAGAAACUCCGCGAAUAUUUUCCAUUGUCACGCGUGUUAGCUGGUCUGUUUGCAUUUAGCGAAAAAUUGUUAAAUAUUCGAAUCGCUGAGCGCAGAGAAGCAGUAGUUUGGCAACCUGCAGUUAAGUACUACGAUGUGUUUGACUGCGAUGCAGAUUCCUCUUCGACACCAAUCGGUGGUUUCUAUGUAGACUGUUACUCAAAAGAAAACAAAUUUGGCAAAAAUAAUGGCUGGAUGGUAAGCAUACGUAAUCGAAAUGAAGCAGCGGGUAACCUCACACCGUUAUGUGCGCUUGUCUUUAAUUUUACCGAACCUGUGUAUGGCAAACCUUAUCUACUUAGUUUAGAAGAUUUACAUAUGGUCUUCAAAACAUUUGGUUCAGCUAUGCAACAUUUAUUGACCAAAGCUGUUUUCACCGAUUUGGCCGGUUUAUCAAAUAUUGAGUGGGAUGCUUCACAAGUUUGUGGUAAUGUUAUGUGCAAUUUCUUAUCAGAUGUCGAUGUAUUAAAGCAUAUAUCUGGACAUUUUGCUAAUGAUGAACCCAUUCCCGAUGAGUUGGCACAACAAACAACUUUACUUAAAACAAAUUUUGCUGGUUAUAAUUUGUGUCAAGAACUAUAUCUGGCCGAUCUAGAUAUUGAAUUACACAAGUCAGAUAGUUUUUGGCUGGAUAUUGUAAAAAAAUUAUGGCCAAUUUAUCGUUGCUUGCCACUGGACAAGAAGGACGCUCAUCCUUGCUCGAUGGCUGAAAUAUUUUCAGGAGAUUGGGCUGCUGCAUAUUUUAGCCAUUUAUAUUCAAGAAUGAUUGCCGCUGAUAUCAGUGACGAAUUCCUACAAAAUCCGACUGAACUUCCAGCAGUUGGCAAACGUUUCAAAGAAGCAUUUUUGGCAACUGGCGGCGCUAUGCCCACAGCGGAAGUAUUUAGACGUUUUCGCGGACGUGAUCCCUCUGUUGAGGCUUUACUAAAAUCACUCAAACUACUGAAUACCACACAGACAUCAGGCGAACUUUAGUUUCUUUAUUAUUGAUAUUUUUUUUUUCAAUUUCCUUAUCAUUUGUUAAUACUUCAAAAGUAUUUAUAUUGUUGAGACGCGAGCGUAAUAUAUCGACGUGCACAUACGAGCUAUGUGCAUGCAUAGUAAUAAAUUGUUGACUAAUUUAUGGCAUUAUUUUGUAAUCUAAUAUGUUUUAAAAUAUAAUAUUAAAAUAUGUUUUUCUCAAACCAUA